AUGGGAACUCCAUUGAGUCCCAUUCUGGCACAUGUAUUUAUGGCUCAUCUUGAGAAAAAGGCGAGCAAAAUCCUCCAACAUUCACAACUUUACAAACGAUUCGUUGAUCAUGUUCUAGUUAUCACAAUGAGUCCAGAAGAGACAACAUGGAUUAUGGAUGAACGCGAUCGCCUGCAUCCGAAUAUACGAUUUACGAUGGAAGCAGAACGCGAAGAUACACUGCACUUCCUCGACAUUAAAAUGAUUAGGAAGAAAGAUGGAACAAUCGCCAGAUCUGUUUACCGAAAAGAAACUUGGACAGGCCAAUGCUUGCAAUUUGACAGCUUUGUGUCUGUUGAAUAUGAACGUGGUCUGGUCCGAGAACUAUUUCAAACAGCACGACAUAUCUGCACAGAAGACAUGAUUGACAACGAACUACGACAGCUGAAAGAAUGUUUGACUAGAAACGCUUAUCCCGAUGCAUUUAUCGAAAGGCACAGCAAGCCUAAAGUGAUCAGACAAACGAAUUGUUCAGCAGAAAAACUACUAGUCACCAUUUGUCUUGCAUUCAAACGUGAUGACAUCAAUUGCUUGCUCAAACGACCACUUGGAUCAGUGCUUGCCCGAACAUAA